AUGUCCUGCUGCUGUGGAGAGGUCGAGAAGGAUCCAGAGGAGGAGAAGGUGACCGAGAAGUCUGAUUUCGCGCAAGAGGAGGACAAUGACUUCGGCCCCACCCCGAACCGAGGGUGCACCGACGCCUGGUGUCUCAUUGUUCUGGUGGCCGCAUGGAUCGCCUACAUUGUUGUGACUGUCAUGGGCAUGGCUGACGGCAACCCUUCAAGGCUGUACCAGCCCCGCGACUUCCAGGGCGCCUACUGCGACGUGGAGAGCAACUGGAACAACGGCACAAAUCUGCUAGGCUACACGAAGCAGAGCUUCACCAUGAAUGUAAGCUCCGUGACCGACGUCAUCGUCAAGCAGAUGAUGUGCUCCACCGCCUUCCGGACGGCAAUGGUCGACGGCUACACAGGUAUUCCUGCCCAGGCUGCUCUGUUAAGCGGCUUCGAAGCGGAGGACUACCUCUGUGCCUGCUGCCUGAUUCCCUGUGGCCCCUGUCAAGGCAGCCUGAACGUCGGUGGCGAUCUCACAGACGUGGCAUCCGUCUCUACUGUAAUCACAGCGAAGCUGGAGGAGCUGCGUGGGAAGGUGAGCGCCGACAACCUCUUCUCGCCUUCGGGGGCCAAUGGCCAGGUCUUCGAGGACAUCUUCAAUGAAGCCUCCCUCUACUUCAACGAGGUAUGCUUGACCGGAUGCGCUGCCGAUUUCACCAUGGUGAAUGGAAGCUCGACGGCACGCGAGUAUGUCUAUGAGAUGACCCUUGACAAUCCUCUGAAGUUGGCCUUCGACACGUUGAAGAGCUACAGUGGCAGCAGGGCGGAGGUCCUCUCGCUCCAGCACCGCGUCUGA